CUCUCGUCUUGGCAUCUUCAAGUUACCGCUGGCGUAGCUAACUGGUUAUUACUUUUUUUUCUUCGAAGUGCCGCUGGACGGAUUUUUAUCGACUCUCUUUUCGAAUCGCCUGACGUGCGUCCUUUUAAUUAUUGAGCGGGAGGAGUAAGACGAGGAUCGAACGUUCCCAUCUGAGGGUGUCUUACUGUGGACGACAAGAUGAAGCUGAACCUGGCGCCAAUUUGUGCAUUGCUGCUGGCUGCGCCAAUCUCAAACGCCCUCGCAAAGAACCUUCUCGCGGACCAGCUUUUCCGUCGUGGACUCGACAUCGGCGUCGGGGACGCUGCCCUAGAAAUCGCGGAGAGAGAACUGUUCCAGGAAAAGCGCGCUGCUCUGCCCGAGGACCACAGCGGCGUGAAUGUCGUGUCGAGAGCUGAUAAUGCUGGAGCUGCAGCAGCGAGCAAUUUCAACGAGACUGCGUUCAACGCAACAGCUGUGAAAGCAUGCGACUCUGCGUUGAGUGCGAUGAAGUCCGCGGUCAACCCGAGCGGUAUCGUCGCCUGCUACAACAUUCCGUUCUAUGAUAAUACGACUGGUGUCUUCCAGACCGAUCUAAGACUCUAUCAGAUGAACCAGCCCGUGGACGAGUUCGCCGGGACCAAACCAACCCAGUACAGCAUGCAGAUAACGAUUCCGGAGGCAACAUUGUCCUCGCCGAAGUCUAUGAUAUCUGGUCCGAUUCAGAGCAAGACAUCCAACGGCCAGACAGUACAGAUGCUACAGGGCUUCACGAGUGUCGGACAGCUGAACGACAAACUGUCCACCGAAAAACUGACAGCAGACGACCUCCGAGUCAUAAUGAUCCCUAACAUUACGAUGAGCACGAACAACCCCGUCACCAGCAACCUCGUAUCAACUACACUUUCAUCCGACACCAUUUCCUAUGUUGCCGGCCAGCUGGCGCAGCCGAACGGGACACCAACCAACAUCACCUUCCCCGAAGCCAUGACACGCACGACGGCCAUCUUGUUUUCCGCCACAAAGUUCUCCUAUCCCGGUACUCACAUCCUAGUCAACCCCAUCGGUGGAAUCAUCACGGGUAUCUGGUGCGGCCUCUUUAUCGCUACCGUCGGACUGGGCACUAUUGGAAGGUACCGCUUCAGACAAGCUUACCGCGAACGCGCAGCUCGUGCGAUGGCUGGUUCAGCUCCUAAGGGCUUCUAGUCUCUUUUUUGUUUAUUAUCUUGCUGUUUGUCACCCUGCUGCCAAACUCAGCUUCAUUCUU